AUGUCGGCGUCGCCGUCGAUGAGCGGCGGUGCCGGGGAGCGGACGCGGACGCGGACGGUGGUGUGGUUCAGGCGGGACCUGCGCGUGGAGGACAACCCGGCCCUAGCGGCGGCGGCGCGAACAGCCGGGGAGGUGGUGCCGGCGUACGUGUGGGCGCCGGAGGAGGACGGGCCGUACUACCCUGGGCGGGUGUCCCGGUGGUGGCUCAGCCAGAGCCUCAAGCACCUGGACGCCUCGCUGCGCCGGCUCGGCGCCACCCGGCUGGUCACCCGGCGGUCCACCGACACCGUCGCCGCGCUGCUGGAGCUCGUCCGCAGCACCGGCGCCACCCAUCUCUUCUUCAACCACCUCUACGACCCGCUGUCGCUGGUCCGGGACCACCGGGUGAAGCAAGUGCUGGGGGCCGAGGGCAUCACCGUGCAGUCCUUCAACUCCGACCUGCUCUACGAGCCAUGGGAGGUCCUCGACGACCACGGCUGCCCCUUCACCAUGUUCACGCCCUUCUGGAACAAGUGCCUCUGUAUGGUCGACCCCCCCGCGCCCAUGCUGCCACCCAAGAGGAUCAAUUCAGGUGACUUGUCGAGGUGCUGCUCAUCGGACCAUCUCAUCUUCGAAGACGAGUCGGAGAGGGGGAGCAACGCGCUGCUCGCACGGGCGUGGUCGCCGGGGUGGCAGAACGCCGACAAGGCUUUCACCGCCUUCAUCAACGGCCCGCUCAUCGACUACUCCGUGAACCGCAAGAAGGCCGACAGUGCAAACACCUCACUGCUCUCUCCCUACCUGCACUUUGGCGAGCUCAGCGUCCGCAAGGUCUUCCAUCAGGUACGGAUGAAGCAGCUAACGUGGAGCAACGAGAGCAACCGCGACGGCGAGGAGGGCUGCAGCCUCUUCCUCCGCUCCAUCGGCCUGCGAGAGUACUCCAGGUACCUCGCCUUCAACCACCCCUGCAGCCACGAGAAGCCCCUCUUGGCUCAUCUCAGGUUCUUCCCCUGGGUGGUCAAUGAGGUCUACUUCAAGGUCUGGAGGCAGGGUAGGACCGGCUACCCUCUUGUCGACGCCGGCAUGAGGGAGCUUUGGGCCACCGGCUGGCUGCAUGACCGCAUACGUGUCGUCGUCUCAAGCUUCUUCGUCAAGGUUCUCCAGCUGCCAUGGCGCUGGGGGAUGAAGUACUUCUGGGACACCUUGCUGGACGCCGACCUUGAGAGCGACGCGUUGGGCUGGCAGUACAUCUCCGGGUCUCUGCCUGAUGGCCGUGAGCUCGACCGCAUUGACAACCCGCAGUUUGAAGGCUACAAGUUCGACCCAUACGGGGAGUACGUCCGGCGAUGGCUGCCGGAGCUGGCGAGGCUACCAACGGAAUGGAUACACCACCCCUGGGAUGCACCCGAGUCUGUGCUGCAGGCUGCAGGAAUUGAGCUAGGUUCCAAUUACCCUCUCCCCAUUGUUGAGCUAGAUGAAGCCAAAUCCAGAUUGCAGGACGCCCUGUCAGAGAUGUGGGAGCUUGAGGCAGCCUCUCGUGCUGAGAUAGAGAAUGGAAUGGAGGAAGGCCUGGGAGACUCCUCAGACGAGCCGCCCAUUGCCUUCCCCCAAGAGCUGCAGCAUAUGGAAGUGGACCUGGACCGUGCCACUAUCCACACACCAGCGACGGCUGGCCGGAGACGAGCAGAUCAGAUGGUGCCUAGCAUCACCUCUUCCUUGGUCAGAGCUGAAACAGAAACAGAACUUUCCGCAGCUUUUGAAAGCCAAGUGACUAGGCCGGAGGUGCCAUCACAGGUGCAUUUCCAGCCUCAGACUCGGACGGAAAUCAGGGAUGAAGUUGCCAGCUACGGCACUGCUUCCAGAUACAACGGCGUCCAGCAGCAGCAGCAGCAGUAUACCCUACACCAUCACCGUGUGCAGGGCGGCAUAGCACCAUCCACUUCAGAGGCAUCAAGCAGCUGGACUGGGAGAGAAGGUGGGGUAGUACCCGUUUGGUCGCCUCCGGCUGCGUCAGGCCAUUCAGAUCCCUACGCUGCGGAUGAAACUGACAUUUCCAGUAGGAGUUAUUUGGACAGGCACCCGCAGCAGUCACAUAGGUUGAUGAAUUGGAAUCAGCUCUCCCAGUCAUCGUGA